UUUUGAUUAUGUUUUUAAUUAUCGAAGCAUGGGAUUCCAGGAAGACAAAAGAAUAAUGCUUGUUUUAUUUACAUAUUCGUAUUGAAGCUACGGAUUGAGAAAUGCUAAUCUAGAGACUAGAGACUUUUCUUUCAUACGUCUUUCACGUGGCUUCAACGUAGAAUCGAAGUAUUUUUGAAUACUUUUAAGAAGGUUAAGUCUGUGUCGUGUAUCGAUUAUUGAACAAAUAUUAAUUCUUUGGGCAUACCGAUAUUCCAUUCGCUGUAAUUUAUAAACGAAAAAUGAUGACUAAAAAGGCUAAAGUGGCAACAAAAGGAGCAAAACAGAUUGUGGAGGACAAUAGAACAACAUUAAGCUUUUAUCGUAACAUGAUUCUUGGAGCUUUUGGAAUAUACUUUACUAUUAUGAUAUUCUUCUUUGAAUUUACAAUAAUGUCAAUAACAUUAACCAUAUUUUCUGGAAUUGUAUAUAUAGGAAGUUAUCAAUUUAUGAAAUAUAUAGCACAAGCAACAUAUUCAGAAUCUGGAGUUCUUAGUGAUUCUGGCAUUGAUCUUAAUAUGGAAGGCGGUAUAGCAGAACACGUAAAAGAUUUAAUUAUAUUAACCUCAGGGGUACAAGUACUUUCGCUUAUAUCAAAUUAUUUUUGGUGGUUAUGGCUUCUUGCGCCAAUAACAGUAGGUUGGAUGCUAUGGAAAAAAAUAUUAGCCCCAUGGUUCUUUGCACCCGCUUCCGAACAACCCGAAAUUAGCGAAAAGAAACAACGGAAGUUGGAAAAAAAGAUGGCAAAGCGGCAUUAA